UUCUCGAACUUAUAUGGAAAGCAAAAAUUAAAACAGUUCUUUGCUUCCCGAAAUCUUGACCAACUCUACAACUCCUUCCUUUUAUAUUUUCAUUAAACAUCACAAAUUUCAAACAAUCUUAAACAGCAAGAAAAAAUAUAUCCCAAACCAACUUUUCGAAGAAAUUAAGAGAAUUUUUUGAAGUUAUGGAUUUUGAGCUAAGGAGAGCCAGAGAGAAGCUUGACAACGAGCAGAGGGAAAGGAAGGAAAGGGCCAAGCUGAAAUUAGAUAGAGAGAGGAAAGCAAAAGAAGAGGCUAAGAAACAACGAGAUGCCAUUGAAGCUGCUCAAAGAUCUAGAAGGCUUGAUGCCAUUGAAGCUCAGCUCAAGGCUGAACAGCAAAUGGGAGAAAGUUUACUCGCGGGAAGAGGAGUAGUGUUUUAUAAAAUCUUAGAAGCUGUACCUUUUCAGGGUAGUGGAGAUAAGGUCAAAUUGCCACCAUCCUGUUUCACAGAAUUGUCUGAUCAAGGUGCAUUUGACAAGGGACCGAUGUACUUUCAGUUGUCGCUGGUUCAUCAAGAGGGUUCUUCUGCUACUAAGGAUGAUGAAAAGGGAAAUAAUAGGACCACUCAUUCAGGUGUUUUGGAAUUCACUGCAGAUGAAGGUUCUGUUGCAAUUCCUCCCCAUGUAUGGAGUAAUUUGUUCCCUGUGGAUGCUCCAAAUAUUCCCUUGGUUGAGGUUCGCUACGUUCGACUUUCAAAAGGUACAUAUGCUAAACUUCAACCAGAUGGAAUUGGCUUUUCUGACUUACCAAAUCACAAGGCCAUUCUCGAGACAAGCCUUCGUCAGCAUGCUACCCUUUCUCAAGAUGAUGUUCUUACAGUUAAAUAUGGGGAGUUGACAUAUAAGUUACGUGUUCUUGAGCUAAAACCCUCUUCAAGCAUUUCUGUCUUGGAAACAGAUAUUGAGGUGGAUAUUGUCAACCCUGGUGUUGAAUCAGAGAGGACUGAUCAAUAUGUCCUAAAACCACUAGCAUUUGGUGCAUCAGAAUCUGGAUUGGUUGAGGAGGGAAAUUACAUGUACUAUAAGUUCUCAAUUGAUGAUGAUGCAUGGGAAAAACUUGUUUCUGAUGAUGUCAAAAUAGAGGUAAAGAUAGAUGCAGAGGCAAAUGGUGGAGAUACUGACCUUUAUGUAUCCAAGCAUCCCCUCAUAUUCCCAAACCGACACCAACAUGAAUGGUCUUCCCAUGACGUUGGCUCGAAGACUUUGAUCCUCAGUUCCAAAGAUAGGAACCUUGGUACCGGUACUUACAGCCUGGCUGUCUAUGGCUUCAAAGGAACAACCAAGUACCAGGUAUCGGUGCAUGUUCAAGAGAACAGCAAGCAUAAGGUGGGUCAACAAGCUACGCAUUCAUCUUCGAUGGAUGUGGAUACUGUAGAGUGUCGAAAUUGCAAGCAUUUUAUUCCCACUAGGAGUAUAGCACUGCAUGAAGCAUACUGUAGCAGACAUAAUGUUGUUUGUCCACAUGCUGGUUGUGGAAUAGUUCUUAGGAUUGAAGAGGCUAAAAAUCAUGUGCAUUGCGACAAAUGUGGGCAAGCUUUUCAUCUAGGAGAGAUGGAGAAACACAUGAAAGUGUUCCAUGAACCUCUUAGAUGUCCUUGUGGAGUAGUCCUUGAGAAGGAAGAUAUGGUGCAACACCAAGCCUCAGAUUGUCCCCUGCGUUUAAUUGCAUGUCGGUUUUGUGGAGACAUGGUUCAAGCUGGAAGCUCUGCCAUGGAUGUUCGUGACAGAUUAAGAGGGCUUUCGGAGCAUGAGAGCAUUUGUGGCUCAAGGACUGCUCCAUGUGAUUCUUGUGGACGUUCUGUAAUGUUGAAAGACAUGGACAUCCACCAGAUUGCUGUUCACCAGAAGAACUAAUGUCAACUUCCCGAUUGCGAUGAAGUCCAAAAUCAGCAAUUCUUUGCGUGGUUUAAAUUUGUUUAUUAAAAGAAAAAACAAACACACAACACUGCAGUAGUUGACAUAUGUGCUAGAAUCAAAGAAGCUGAUGUGCUUAUCUGUAUCUAUUAUAAUAACUAUGGGGCAUCUUUUGUUAUUUGCUUGUGAGAGACGGAAAAUUUAAAUCAUGUGAAUGGUAUUCUUUAUAUAAGAAGAA